AUGAAUCCUUUGAGGAACAUUUUUCGUGGCAGCAGCAAAAAGGCCCAACCCGUCAAAGGUUGUGAGAACAAACCCUCGACCGACGUUGUGCCAGAAAGAAACGUGUCACCCAAAGAAGUCAAGAAGAGCUGGAAGAUUGAGCUGGUUGAGGCAUUCAUUCAGAAAUGGAGUGAACACGACAUGGGUGGAGCACAUGCCAUGGUGACAGAUGACUUUGUCAUUGUCUUUGCAAGUGCUGACAACAUGGAGCUGGAAUAUCAAGACUAUGUUGCAGAGACGACCAAAGUCUUUGAGGCCUUCCCAGACUUCAACUUUCGGUAUGAGUCCCUUACAGAGGGGAGAGAUGGGGUUGUUCUUUGGAAGAAUGUUGUUCCGAAUGGCCACCACACAGCCAAACCAUAUGCUUUUGGGCCAUGUGAUCCAAUUGAACCAACUGGAAAGUAUGUAGAGAACUCCCCAGAGACGGGUACCUUCUACUUCAAGGAUGGGAAAAUUGCCAAGAUGAUGGUGGUGGCACAUGGGGAGAUGACUGGGCCAGCCGGCAUCUACACUCAGCUGGGAGGCUUUCCCCUCAUGUAA